GUCCUGGAUUUGGUUAGUGUCGUCGUCUCGUCCGCAGUCAAUUCUGUAGUGGCCGCGUUUAGUGAUAAAGUCUCGUGAUCAGUGUCGUGUUGUGCGCGAUCGUAUUUUUUUAUUUUUCGCGAAUCGUUCUAACAAUAUAGCCUUCGGAAUAUCGCGUUUCGAAAGUUGUUAGAACAAUGACGUAUCCAAGGUGCGAUUCGAAAAGGCGAGUUUUACCAGUGGUGACUUUCGUUUUGAUCUCGUACUUGUUUGGUAGUGAAUUAGUGUGUGCGCGUCCUCAGGAUAAUUUCUCGUCCAAAUCGCCGGACAACGAUACAAAAGAAAUCGUAGCAGAAAAAGUAGAACCUAUCAACAAUUCUACUUUGAACGACAGGAAUGGCCAGCCUAUUGUUAUUGAGCAAUCGCUGAAGAUAAACACGCCCGAAUACAAUGGAAGCUCUUCUGCAGAAGGUGCCAAAGUCGAGCAGAAAUUGUACGGUGACAUUAGCGUCGACAGUGGUCUAGAUUUCGGCAGAUCCGCGGAAGCCUCAACCAAACCUAUACCAACGGUCAAUACGCUAAAACCUAUUUCAAAAAUUGGAGUUACGCCGCUCACAGCUACAGAUAUGGUUGCAGCUGAUGUCAGAACACCACCCAAGAUAAAAUCGCAAAUCGUUCAUUCGCAAUUGCAAUCACUCUUAUCGCCUGGUAAAGGCGAAGCCAUACCAGUAGUAUUAGAAGGUAACGAUGAAGCCGCAUUGGAGAAAAUUUCUUCAGAUAAUUUCAAAUAUACUCAUAGCGAUGCUACACCUUCAAGCGGUCUAUCAACUUGGAUCCUACUAAAUUCGGAUUCCGUCUCGACGCCAUAUUCGCAUUUCAAAAAAGGACAUAAACCUACCACGACUGCGACAGAUGUUUUAAAUACUACUAAUUCUUCGGAAAGUAUAACCGAUUCGAAGAAAAAACCGGUAAAAACCACGUCCACCACGACGACUACCGAAAAAUUAAUCAAAUCGAAAAUCGAAGCCGUUGCCAUGAAAAAACCGGAUCGUAAACCGAUCGCUACCAUUCAAAAAGUUAAUCAAACUCUGGCCAAGAAACCACUCGUUUCGAAAAUCGAACCCGAAGAAAUACUUUCGACAACUACAGUCGUAUCAUUACUCCAAGAUCCGAAAUUCAAGAAUAAAACCCCGGUUGUGGUAGGCAAAGUACCGUCGACCAAUUUCAAAGAGGUUGUGAAUAAUACGACGCCUAUGACUUUUGUCGAAUUACCCGCGGAUAAUGGAACUAGACUAGGAACUCCGGUGGUUACCUACCCUCAUGUACCAAGUAAACAAAAACAAAAUUCUUCAACGACUCGAAAACCAUCUACGACUACGAAACCUUCGUUGGUGAUUCUUUCGAGUAGUACCGCUUCCAAAACGAAUCCACCUCAAGAAAUAUCUACGGUGCCUUCUUCGACUGUGAUCAUAACUAAUUUAGAAGCCAUUUCCGCUGUCACAGAUGAAACACAAUCUGAACCUAUAACUGAAAUUACCACAAAGAAAUCCACAACCGGAAGUAAAAAGAAGAAGAAGAAAAAUAAGAACAAGAAUAAACGUCGUAGGCCCAGCAAGAAACCAGCUAAAGUCCAGAGUAAAAUCUCCGAGGACGAUAACAGCACGUCCAAGUUACCAGGACCAAUGAUAACAGGUCCAAACGGCAGUAGACCUUUAUCGACCAGAAUUUACAACUAUCUAGCUCGAGAAGUUAUGCCUAAUAUGGGAGUUGGUCUCGUGGGUCUCAUGUUGACCGCUGGAUUGGCUGGUUUACUCUUGUAUCCAUUUGGUGCUGCUGUCCCGGUGCGUAGAAAUUACGAAAAACCUGGCCCCUCGUAUAAUUUGAACGACUAUCCGCCUGCCGGUGAAGUGGAUAAUGCUCAACCGGAAGAAUCAGUCUUGAGCCAAGUUCUUGCCGGCAUGAGUAAUACGAUGAACCAAUACAGUCGAGAACAGCCGGACGUGCCUUAUAAAAAUCACCAGAAGUACAAACCAGCGAGAUUCGAUAAUCCCAACACUUAUAAUCAUCAUAAAGACUUGAAAUACACUACCGAAACCAUCAUGGAAGAUUCCAAAUUUUCGGAGCUAGGCGACGUCGUCUCCGGUCCUCACGAAAGUGUGAAAUUCACCAGCUUCGAUAUCAACGAUUCGAUAAAAUAUCCUUCGGAUAAUUCUCCUCCUAACCCUAGUUAUUCUACUAUCGAUUUAACCACUGAUCGAAACGAUCUACCAGUUUACCAUAAAUACAGUCCAUCUAACGACGCAGUAAAACAUGACACUUCUGUUUAUUCAACCUUAGGCGAAUACGCUUCCUAUAAUAAUCCUCAUGAACCUAUGCAAAACCCAGUCUAUAACGGAGACGCGUACGAUUACAAGAAUCAUAAAAAUGAUCAAAAUUCUCAAGAAUUCAAAGGCAAUUCUGAACUCGAAGUAGGAACACAAUCUGCAGAAAAUCAAACCACUACUGCCAAACCAAAACACGAACAACCAUCAUUCGCCGCUCUCGAAGGUAUCCCGAAAAACUAUCGUACCCUGCAGACGAGUAUUCGAUUCGAAGACACAGCUUCGGUUCUUCCAUUGAACCAAGAUUUCGUUCCGAGUGAUGGUAUGUUCGCCGCCUCAAUCGAACACGGUCCUAGAAGUAUGAAAUUACGUCGAAGAAAACGUGACAUUUCCAGCGAAAAUGAAAUCGAUUCGAUACUAAUCGAAACAACUGAAAAACCAGCUGAAACUUCUCAGCCACCAGUGCAAUUCAUUACCGAAACCACCACAGGUUUAACUCAAAGCACCGAAGAAACGGUAACCAGAACUACUGAAACCAUAAGCCUAGAUCAGAACUCAACAAGCUCGAAUGAUCUGAAAAUCUUAAGCUCUAGUAGUACUGAAAACAACGUCGAAUCGUUCGAUAACAAAAACAAAACCGAACCUUUUGUAAUCACACCUGAAACACCCCAAACAUCGGUAUCAGAAAAUUCAAUGUCGCACUUUGUACCUAUUCCUACAAUUCAGAAAGUUGAAGCUGUUCAACCUAUACCUACUAAUAAUAACAACUGCGAAAACUGCGCAGAUGUAUCGAAUCUCGAGGAACACCCCGCUCCUCCCCAACCAUUCUCCCUUAGUAAAUUAUUCCGUAAAAUUUUAGAUUUCAAAUUUAGAAUCGGGUUUGAAUUAAUUCGAGCUACGACCGAUGUAAUUUCUAAAUAUCUGACCACUGUUCAGCAACGAAUGACCGAAGCAUUACGAGAUCUACAAAGGAGUGCUUUUAGAAUGAAUGACGAUAAAAAGAGUAGAACAAAUGUGAUAAAAAAACGUGAACGAAGACAUAUUAUUCAUGGUAGUUAGAUACUGAACAAUUUUUUUUAGUAUUAUUUUUAUCGCAUUAAACUCUAUGUUUUUUCAAUGUGACAAAGGUCUUGAAAUUUUUUUCAAUGAUCUAAGAUAGAUAGUUCGAUUUAAAAAAAACACUCGAGUGUGUGAUUUUAAAAUUAUGUAGAAUCAUAGCUACGCAUGUCUGUAAUCAUGUAAGUACGAAUUACGAUUUUUUUAAAAUUUAAAAUAUUCACACUCCGGGCUUAUGAAUGAAGUAAUAUUAUGUAUAUUGUAGAUAGGUAUUGGUCAGUGCAUACUGAUUUUUGAAAAUUGGGAUCAUACAUAUGUUUCAAAAAUAACUCGACUUUAAUUCAUUACCUAUAUACAUUUCAGAACUUCGAAAGUCACAUUUCUUAAAUAAAUUGUUUAAUGUUUCAUUUACGAAUAUUCAGCUAAGUCAGUAUUAUAAUUUUAUGUUUUUUUUUUCAAUUCUGAGAAUGUAACUGUAAAUAUGAAAAUGUACAUAAUUUUUUGUAUUAAUUGUAUUCUUCAAUUUGUGAGAAGUAGGUAUCGUACAAUAUAUCAUUGAUACAGAAACUAAAUAUACUUAGAUAGCAUAAAAUGAAACUUGAAAACGUAUAUUUGAAUUUUUCUCAUUAUUUUAUUUUGUAAAACCUUUGCGUGUUGUAAAUAUUUUUUUAUUUUACCUUCGUAUUACCUAUUAUUUUUGUUGUCAUUCUAUUCAAUGAUGAAAUUUGCAUUUAAGGCAGAAUUUUUUUCUCUCAAUGUUCACUUUUUACUAUUUUUUAUGAGACUUUUUUGUACUAUUUUUUAUGUUGUAUUUCAACAAAUAAAUAUAUUGCAUUA